CGCUCUCUAGCGGUUGGUAGAUUACGGGAGGCUAGAGGUUCACACACAAACAGGAAGCGAAGGGACAGCUAGAUACGGGACGGCCCGCAAACACGGCGGACGGUUCAAGCUACUUAUAGAGCACAAGGGCUGAGGCUCUUACAUAGGUAAACGCAGCCAGCUCGGGGCUUCCCCCAUCAAGCCAUGGAUCACCAAUACCUCCAAGCGGCCAAUCGAUACCAAGUGCUUCAAAAUGAGGAUGACCCUUCAGAAGCCGCAGCCACGGAACAGCCUUCAACCUCUUCACAGCCUGCACAGUCAUCAACCUCCUCUACAGUGGAUGUAUCUCCUCCACCGUACAGCAGCAUUGCCGUGGAAGGAACCACAGAUGCAGAAACACACAAUGAAUUCUACCCUGUGCCACCUCCUUACAGUGUAGCAACCACCCUUCCAACCUAUGACGAGGCUGAGAAGGCCAAGGCUGCUGCAAUGGCCGCAGCAGCCGCGCAAGCAGCACAGAGACACGGCCAAAUUAGAGAGUCUAGGAGUCUGUUUGAUGAAAUAUUCCUCAGUCCUUCAGAGGAAGAAGAAUAUCCACCAAGGGAUGACUUUAGUGAUGCUGAUCAGCUGAGAGUGGGAAAUGAUGGCAUCUUCAUGCUGGCCUUCUUCAUGGCCUUUAUUUUCAACUGGAUUGGAUUUUGUUUAUCCUUCUGUAUAACAAACACAAUUGCGGGACGCUAUGGAGCAAUCUGCGGGUUUGGCCUGUCGCUUAUCAAAUGGAUUCUUAUUGUGAGGUUUUCAGACUAUUUCACUGGAUAUUUCAAUGGACAGUACUGGCUGUGGUGGAUAUUCCUGGUGCUCGGCUUGCUGCUAUUCUUUAGGGGCUUUGUGAAUUACUUGAAGGUACGAAACAUGUCUGAAAGUAUGGCUGCUGCCCACAGAACAAGAUUUUUCUACUUGUAUUAGCGACAGACACUGGCGGACAUUCCUUUCCAUUUUCCAAUGUGAACCGACUAGGUCUCCAAUCCUCCAGAUUAAUAGAUUAGAAGACUACUAUACAAGCAGAUGAAAGAGAACAAGAGUUAAUACUUUUAUAGGGCUUUGGACAUUCUGUUAAAUAUGCGUGUAAAUAUUGCCUUUAAGUUUGCACAUUGGUUUGUGCUACAUUUGUUGAAAGAACCGAUUCCCAAGUUUGAAGGUUAAAAAAAAAUAAAAAAAUACUUGUUUCAGCAUGUUAGACUUAACACUAGGACUAGCUUUUCUUCCUUUCAUAACGCACCAGUCAGUAUGUACAAAAAAACCCAAAAAACGGGGCGACCCACAAAUUUUUUGAUUUAUCAUUAAAAUGGUGAAUCAAAAUAUUAACAUAUUGAUUCUGGUGUAGUUAGUAAAUAAAAAAAAAUAUUUUAGUGGUUUCGAAACUAGGAUGCAUGAUUAGUUUUUUUUCUAAAGCAAAUUUCAAAUAUUUUAAACAAAACUAGACCUGUAUGCAGUUUAUUGUUAAUGUGCAUCUUCAUAUAAACACUAUUGGUUAAAUUAAAUAAUGUGUUAUCAAUUCAAAAUGAAA